GCACGUCCACUGCGCAUGCGCUUUGCGCAGUGGACGCCAUGUUGGAGCAGGAGUGGGCUCGGGCUGCUAUUUUCUGACUCCGUAUGUUUUUUUUUCUCUCUGACAAUUAUCCCCCGUUCGUACUUAACAUCGUCGGCGUCCGUCAACAGCGCGCGUCGUCUGGCGCCCUGAGUGGCACUUGGCCAUGAUGAACGCCAGUGUCGACCUGUCCCGCCGCAAUCCGCAGGAGGAUUUCGAGCUGAUCCAGAGGAUAGGAAGCGGCACCUACGGAGAUGUGUACAAGGCUCGCAAUGUCAACACAGCAGAGCUGGCGGCUAUCAAAGUCAUCAAACUGGAGCCAGGGGAAGACUUUGCCGUUGUCCAGCAGGAGAUUCUGAUGAUGAAGGAUUGUAAACACUCCAACAUCGUGGCCUACUUUGGAAGCUAUCUCCGGCGAGACAAGUUAUGGAUCAGCAUGGAGUACUGCGGUGGAGGCUCUCUACAGGACAUCUAUCAUGUAACCGGGCCUUUGUUAGAGUCUCAAAUAGCCUACAUGUCACGGGAGACCCUACAGGGUUUAUACUACCUUCACAAUAAAGGCAAAAUGCACAGAGACAUCAAGGGCGCCAACAUCCUCUUGACAGACAACGGCUACGUCAAACUCGCUGACUUUGGGGUAUCAGCGCAGAUCACAGCAACGCUGGCCAAGAGGAAGUCAUUCAUUGGUACACCUUACUGGAUGGCUCCAGAGGUGGCGGCAGUGGAGAGGAAAGGAGGCUACAACCAGCUGUGCGAUAUCUGGGCUGUGGGCAUUACCGCAAUCGAGCUGGCCGAGCUGCAGCCACCCAUGUUUGAGCUGCAUCCCAUGAGGGCUCUUUUCUUAAUGACCAAGAGUAAUUUCCAGCCACCUAAGUUGAAAGACAAGGUCAAGUGGACGGACAACUUUCACCAUUUUGUCAAAGUAGCCCUGACGAAGAACCCAAAGAAGAGGCCCACAGCUGAGAAGCUGCUACAGCACCCGUUUGUGUCUCAGCCCCUGAGCAGGACGCUGGCUAAAGAGCUGCUGGACCGAGCCAAAAACCCCGACCACAACAGCUACAACGACUUUGAUGACGAUGACCCCGAACCGGAGUUUAAGUACAGGGGUCACUUCCUAGCCAUAAGUCCCGGCGCUCGGCGCGCGCCCCGCUUUCCUGCCCGUCGGAAGUCUCCGGUGUCCGUCCCUCAUCGAAUUCGCUCUACCAGCAGAAGCACCCGGGAAGGAAAAACACUCUCCGAGAUCAACUUCGGUCAGGUGAAGUUUGACCCGCCGCUGAGGAAGGAGACGGAGCCCCACCACGAACCGUGUGAUUCUGAGCCCUAUCUGGACUGUGUUGAGGAGCUCUACUAUACCGCGAGAUCUAAUCUGGACUUGCAGUUGGAGUACGGUCACGAGUCGCCCUGUCUGCUCGGAGGAAACAAGAGUCUUCUGAAAUCGGUGGAGGAGGAGCUGCAGCAGAGGGGCCAUGUGGCACACUUAGGGGAUGAUGAGGAUGAGGAGGAUGAUGGUGCAGAUGAUGAUGAAACUCACACUCAUAAGAUGAACACUAUCCUGAGACCAAAGGUCCCGCCCCCGCUUCCGCCCAAGCCCAAGUCCAUCAGCUCGCCGCAGCCCAAACAGGACGACAGCCAAUCGCACAGCGAGGACGACAGCGGCGGCGGCGGGACCAUCAAGCGCUGUCCAGCCCCGCAGACGGCCAGCCCCGCCAAACCCGCCUCCAACGUGCCCCCGCGGCCGCCGCCCCCGAGGCUGCCGCCGCACCGCCGGAGCAGCCUAGGUAACGAGACCGCGAGCGAGCGCUCGGACGCAGACACCUGCGCCCCGGAGGACGAUGGGAGCUUUAGGCAUUUCUGGGAGUGGCUCCACACGCCUCACACAGAGGAGGAGCUGGAGGAGGCGUGGGAGGUGCUGAAGGAGGUGAAAGAGGAGCAGGAAAAAGAGAAUGAGGAUGAGAGGAACGGCCUGAGCGCCUCACACAAUGGUGAGCGCAACAGUCCUGCAGACAGACAACAGUCCACGAUGCCCCCUAGUGUCCCCAUACGGAAGGACAAGAAGGAUGUUCCGAUGCCAAGUAGCAACGGGCUCCCACCUACACCCAAAGUCCAUAUGGGUGCGUGUUUCUCCAAGGUGUUCAAUGGCUGCCCUCUCAAGAUUCACUGUGCCACCUCCUGGAUCAACCCCGACACCAGAGAUCAAUAUUUGAUAUUUGGCGCCGAAGAGGGAAUUUACACACUGAACCUGAAUGAGCUGCAUGAGACCACAAUGGAACAGCUUUUCCCUCGCCGCUGCACGUGGUUGUACGUCAUGAACAAUAAUCUUCUCUCAGUAUCCGGAAAAGCCUCCCAGCUGUACUCUCACGGCCUGCCGGGACUCUUCGACCAGGCCAGGCAGCUGCAGAAGUUACCCGUAGCCAUUCCCACACACAAGCUGCCUGAUAAGAUGAUACCCAGGAAGUUUGCCGUUUCCACGAAAAUUCCGGACACUAAAGGGUGCCAAAAAUGUUGCGUGGUGCGCAACCCGUAUACAGGCCACAAGUACCUCUGUGGGGCCUUCCAGUCCCACGUCAUGCUGCUGGAGUGGGUGGAGUCCAUGCAGAAGUUCAUGCUCAUCAAGACCAUCGACUUCCCUCUGCCGUGCCCACUGGAAGUCUUUGAGAUGUUGGUGGUCCCAGAGCAGACUUACCCGCUCAUCUGCGUGGCCGUGAGUAAAGGGAGCGAGCUCAACCAAGUGGUCCGCUUCGGCACGGUCAACCCCAACCCCAACGCUACCUCCUCCUGGUUCACAGAGACUGACACGCCUCAGACGUGCGUGAUCCACGUCACGCAGCUGGAGAGGGACACCAUCCUCGUCUGCCUGGACCGGUGUAUCAAGAUCGUCAACCUCCAGGGCCGACUGAAAUCCAGCAGGAAGUUGUCGGCCGAGCUCACGUUCAACUUUCAGAUCGAAUCCACAGUUUGUCUCCAGGAUAGCGUGUUGGCCUUCUGGAGGCAUGGCAUGCAGGGGCGGAGUUUCAAGACCAACGAGAUCACGCAGGAGAUCUCGGACAGUACGCGUAUCUUCAGACUACUGGGGUCAGACAGACGAGAUGACCACAGAGAUCCUCAUGACAGAGGCGUCACUCUGGCAAGGGUGGUGGUGCUGGAGAGUCGGCCGACCGACAACCCGACAGCCCACAGCAACCUGUACAUCCUGGCGGGCCACGAAAACAGCUACUGACACACUCGCUCACGCACACAGAUACACACACACAUGCUAACAGGACACCCCCCCCUCCCCACUCCCCCUGCAUUAAGAGCCUAGCAACUAGCAAAGGGGAAUGCACCCCCUCCCCCACCCCCCCGCCCCUUCACCUGCAACCCCCUUUCCAGUGUCUGAGAGACGCCGCGGUGCAUUCAAGGGCAGAUGACUUACGUAAGACACAAUCCUGCUCAUGAUGCCCAACCAGGAGGUCGAACCUCCCACACCACUUGUACUACUUCGUUGUACACAUUGCGCUACUACUGCGGCCAUCUUGCACAGACCCAGCCCCCUCACUUUUAUUUAUUGUGGCAUGAUGUUAAUCCGCCGGCAGGACGACAACUCUCCUGGUUUUAUUGUGCGUGGAGGGGAAAAAAAAACAAAAAAGAGGAGAAGGCUUUCGGCCACCUCCGCUUAGCAACAACAGCCACAUAAGUGCUUAACUGAUGUCUAUUUAAUUGAUGUACAUAUAAAUGUAGUAUUUUUGGACAGAUAUGAACACUAAAACUGCUCGUGUGUAGUUAGGCGUGUGCGUAGUUGCCCGGCACAAACAAACAAACAGUCAGAUGGCGGACAGACGAGGGGAAGUAGGCGACUCUCUUCCUGGUUCCCUGAUAUGUGACAAGGAAGCAGUGUGUGGACCUUUCGAGAUACGGUAUGCAGAUACGCUACGACGACUGGUUCAUUCUACACCCCCCCCCCCCUUUUUUUUUUAAACAAACAUAUUUCAUUUUUAUGCAGUUCUGAUCAUAAGGCUUUUUAUUUUUAUUUUUGGGUUUUUUUUAUUUUUUAUUUGAACCACUGGUGUUAAACAUUUGCACAGAGAAAAAGGUGUGAGAGAAAUGUGAUGUCAUUACGCGCAUGGAUGCGCGAGUGUGUGUGCGUGUGUUAAAAAUGUGCGUCUGGUCCCGAGCAAGCAUCAUGAACGUCGGAUUUCUCCUUUUUGCGUUUUAAAAUGACUGAAGGGGGGGGGGGGGGGGGGUUUGGUCACGUGAUAUUUGGGUCAAAUAUAAACUUAAAACUAAAAGGAGCUUUUGGAUAAUGUUAAAACGUUCCCUCUUUGCUAAAACAACAAAACUGUAGGAAAAUGUCAACUGGAGUAGCAAAAGUUUCUCUUCGGAGCGGUGUGAUUUGAUGUCACGCAACGCAAUCAACAUGCCGCAUCUUUUUUGGGUGGUUUCCCCUUUUUAAUGAUCUCUUUCAACGGUCCCAUUAGCAACUUUAACCAGAGAUCAAGCUUGUUUUUGUUUUCUGCAAGUGUGCACCCCCCCGCCCCCACAAUUCGUUUUGAAGGCACAUGACAUUCAUGUGGUGCAGUUUGCUUUCUGCCCCCCCCCCCCCCCAAGAAGUUCCUCCUUGUGCACGGUCAUCAUUUGCGAACCCCGAAGGUUCCUCAACAGCAUAGCAGGAAAUUGUAUUGAAAAUGUCACCGACUGAGUUGGAGCCAGUGGAAUAUUGUCACGUUCUCUUCCACGACAGCGCAUGCAGCGCGCAUCCUGGUUUUUUUUUUUUUUUUUAAGUGAUGGCCCCUUCCUCUCCAAGUAAACCCGGCGCCGGCCCGGCCGCCCCCGAGAUUCAAACUCCAGCCUUGCUCAAUGGACGGACGGACGGACACCUGGCAUCACGACCGAGCGCUGGUUAAUUUUAUUUUUUUAAUUUUCAGUGAAAAUGGAAGCAACACCCAUCCUUGACUCGUCAUCGGUUGCCGGGUGAUGCUCGAUAUGCUGUUGUGAACAAAUUUCUCCUCAGUAAUUGCUCUUCUUGACCUUGAGUCCGAACUUUGCCGGACACGUGUUCUUGCUCGACCUCCUCACGUGUCCAUUUAAGCUGCGGUGUACGAUUUGCCCGUUGUUCUCCCAAUUCCGGGAGAGGAAUGUGUGGUGAGUCUUUGAAUUUCCAAAGCAGGGUCAAUUUAAGAACCAUCUGAAAGUGAGAAUGAAGGCAAACUUAAACGUAAACUGUCCAUUCCGGUGCCGCGUGUGAUGUCUGGAUAAGAUGGGGAAAAAAGGUCUCUCCUUGUUUGUAUUUUGGGAAGCUGUGAAAUGUCUACCAGAAGAGAACUGAAUUAUAUUCUACAAAAUGUAAUCGUGACACCCCCCCCCCCCCCCCCCCCCCCACGAAUGAUCACGUGGAUGUUAAAAUGCGGAAUUGACUUAUUUCAUGUAAAACCCACACCGUGUCGAUUUUGAUUCAGGAUGUUGUGGAUUUGUGACGUCACAUUUGACAAUAUGAAUGAGACAUUUCCACUGAAAUGUUUUUAAUUUUACCUUACCUCUGUUACAAAAAAAAGCCCCAAUAUUUUUUACUCUUACCUCCCAGCAUAUUUAAUGUGAACACUGACACAAACACACACUAAAUGUCCGACUUUCAUCUGUUCUGUUUUGACGCUUGUUUGUUUUAUUUUUUUUGCGUCACACACAUUUGUUUUUUCACGCUGCAAUACGCACGUUAUGACAUGUAUAUAGUGUAAAAUAAAAAUGGGUUUGUUUUA